AUGGAGAUCGCGCUGGUGACUCUGGAGAACGGCGGCGCCACGGCUAUCGCGGGCGGCGAGGAUGUCGCGACCGGCGGCGGCGGCAGCGGCAGCGGCGGCGGCAGCGGGCGGGCUCGGCGACGGAGCGACCUGCUCCACAUCGCGGGCUCCGCCGCCGCCGCGCCGCGGCUGAGCGACGGCAAGGAGGGGGCACCGCCGGGCCCCCGCAGCGGCAGGGCGGGCAGCCUCAACAGGAGGGCGCCGCCGCCCCAACCGCCCCAACCGGCACCCCAACCGGCACCUCAACCGACGUCCCAACGGGCACCCCAACUGAUACCACAACCGGUACCCCAACCAGCACCGCAACACGAGAUGGGACCCCCCGAGGAAGGGGGCCACCGGCGGGGCAUGGCCAUGGCGGCGGCGGGUGAGGAGGAGGAGGAGGUGGCGGCAGCGGCGAGCCGGGGUGCCCUGCACCACCAGCGGGUGCUGAUCAACAUCUCCGGGCUACGCUUUGAGACCCAGCUGGGCACCCUCAACCAGUUCCCCGACACGCUGCUGGGAGACCCAGAUAAGCGCAUGCGGUACUUCGACCCACUCCGCAAUGAGUACUUCUUCGACCGCAACCGGCCCAGCUUCGACGGGAUCCUCUACUUCUACCAGUCUGGGGGCAAGCUCCGCCGGCCCGUCAAUGUUUCCAUUGAUGUCUUUGCCGAUGAGAUCCGUUUCUACCAGCUGGGCGAUGAGGCCAUGGAGCGCUUCCGGGAGGACGAGGGCUUCAUCAAGGAGGAGGAGAAGCCUCUGCCUCGCAACGAGUUCCAGCGCCAGGUCUGGCUCAUCUUUGAGUACCCCGAGAGCUCCAGCUCGGCCCGGGCCAUCGCCAUUGUCUCCGUGCUGGUGAUCCUCAUCUCCAUCAUCACAUUCUGCCUGGAGACCCUGCCCGAAUUCAGGGAUGAGAGGGAGAUGCCUGUGCCCUUGCCCCCACAAAGCGGAGGUUUGAAUGGCACGACCGGGGACCCCCUACCCAUGCAGCCACCCAGCAGCCUCUCAGACCCCUUCUUCAUCAUUGAGACCACCUGUGUGAUCUGGUUCACCUUUGAGCUCCUCGUACGCUUCUUUGCCUGCCCCAGCAAACCCGAGUUCUCCCGCAACAUCAUGAACAUCAUUGACAUCGUGGCCAUCAUCCCCUACUUCAUCACCCUGGGCACGGAGCUGGCCCAUGAGCAGCAGCAGCCUGGGGCUAGCAGUAGCAAUGGGGGUGGGGGCCAGCAGCAAGCCAUGUCCUUGGCCAUCCUCAGAGUCAUCCGCCUGGUCAGGGUCUUCAGGAUCUUCAAGCUCUCCAGGCACUCCAAGGGGCUGCAGAUCUUGGGACAGACUUUGAAAGCCAGUAUGAGAGAGCUUGGACUCCUCAUCUUCUUCCUCUUCAUCGGGGUGAUCCUCUUCUCCAGUGCUGUCUAUUUUGCUGAGGCUGAUGACCCUGAGUCUCAUUUCUCCAGCAUACCCGAUGCUUUCUGGUGGGCUGUGGUGACCAUGACCACUGUUGGUUAUGGGGAUAUGCGACCUGUCACCGUGGGGGGCAAGAUUGUUGGCUCCUUGUGUGCCAUUGCAGGUGUGCUCACCAUUGCCCUGCCUGUCCCUGUCAUUGUGUCCAACUUCAACUACUUCUACCACCGAGAGACUGAUCAUGAAGAGCAAGCUAUUCUCAAAGAAGAGCACAGUAGUGCUCAGGGCAGCACAACGGCGGGAGAUGCAAAGAGAAGAUCCAGUAAAAACUCUCUGAACAAAUCUGUUGUGCACUUGGAAAACAGUGAGGGGUUCAACAAUGGCACCAGCUCUUUAGAGAAAACCAAUAUCAAAGCUAAAAGUAAUGUAGAUCUCAGAAAAUCCCUCUAUGCUCUCUGUCUGGACACCAAUAGGGAAACAGAUCUGUAA